GAGCCGUAUUCCUGUUCUGAGUGCGGGAAAUGUUUUUCACGAAAGUCCAAUCUUCAAAUACAUCAGAGAUCUCACACAGGGGAGAAGCCAUAUUCCUGUCCUGAGUGUGGGAAAUGUUUUUCACAGUCCAAUCUUUACAACACAUCAGAGAUCUCACAGGGGGAGGAGAAGCCAUAUUCCUGUCCUGAGUGUGGGAAAUGUUUUUCAGAGAAGUUCAGUCUUUACAAACAUCAGAGAUCUCACAUGGGGGAGAAAAAGUAUUCCUGUCCUGAGUGUGGGAAAUGUUUUUCACAGAAGUCCAAUCUUUAUGCACAUCAGCGAUUUCACACAGGGAGAAGCCUUAUUCCUGUCCUGAGUGUGGGAAAUUUUUUUCAGACAAGUCCGGUCUUUCACAAACAUCAGAGAUCUCACACGGGGAAGAAGCCGUAUUCCUGUCCUGAGUGUGGGAAAUGUUUUUCACAGAACUCUGAUCUUUGCAGGCAUCAGAGAUUCUCACACGGGGGGAGAAGCCCAUAUUCCUGUCCUGAGUGA